AUGUCCGAGCUCGCCGCCGCCCCCGUGCUCUCCACGCCCGCCGAUGACGCCUUCGACUUCGCCCCCGCCGCCGACCUCGCGCCGCGCCCGCGCCGACCCGACCAUGAGCUCCGCAGCAUCUACGAAAUCGACCGCACCGCGCGCGAGAUUUGCGCCGGCGGCUGGGAGAGGGUGGCGCUACAGUUUCCAGACUCCAUGCUGAGCGAUAUACCCUGGAACGAUAGAAAAAAGAAGAAGACGAGAUUAUACGUGUUGGCGGACACGGCAUAUAGCGCCUGCUGCGUCGACGAAAUCGCCGCCGAGCACGCCAACGCCCAGGUCGUCGUGCACUACGGCCGCUCGUGCCUGUCCCCGACCGCGCGGCUGCCCGUCAUCUACGUCUUCACGCGGUACCCUCUCGACCACGACGCCGUAGUGCGCGACUUUGAGUCCGUCUACCCCGACAAGGACGCCAACCUCAUCGUCCUCGCCGACGUCACGUACCAGGACCACGUCGAGCCCAUCUGCUCGGCUCUCCGCUCCCGCGGACACCUCCUCCUCGCCCCCACCAACACCGCCGCCCUCCUCCGCCGCCGCUUCGCCCGCGUCCUCUCCCUCGCCGGCGCCGGCACCGUCGGCAUCCUCGUCAACACCCUCAGCGUGGCCAACUACCUCCCCUCCAUCGACGCCCUGCGCGCCCGCCUCGCCCGCGCCGCCAAGAAAAGCUACACCGUCGUCGUCGGCAAGCUCAACCCCGCCAAGCUCGCCAACUUUGCCGAGAUCGACGGCUGGGUCGUCGUCGGCUGCUGGGAGAGCGGCCUCGUCGAGGACGACCGCGCCUACUUUAUGCCCGUCGUCACGCCCUUUGAGCUCGAGGUCGCCCUCAUGGACGAGACGGAGCGCACGUGGGCUGGGGAGUGGUGGGGUGGUAUCGAGGGUCUGAGGAUCGGUGGCGCUGAGGACCAAGGAGACGCGCGAGGCGGGGCGGAGACGCGACACUCAGAAACGGUUGCGGCGGGAGAGGAAGACUACCCCGUGGCCGAGGAGGUCGAGGGCGGCGUCGAGGGCGAAGAAUCUGCCCCUCCUGAAUUCGACCUCCGCACUGGCAAGCUCAUCAGCCACAGCCGACCCAUGCGUCGCGCCGCCGCCGCAAGAUCACCCCUCUCCCCGAGCAGCCCCGCCGCCAUCAACGGCGGCGCCUCAUCCCCGUCCUCAUCCGACGCCGCAAACAGCAGCGGCCUGGCUCUCGUCAAGCGCGACGCGGGCGGCGAGCUCGCGACCAUCAACGGCAUCGUGAGCACGGGCGCCGAGUACCUCCGGUCGCGGCGCACGUGGCAGGGGCUCGGGACCGAAUUCGACGCCGAGGAGAGCACGGUGGUGGAGGAGGGGCGUAAGGGCGUGGCGCGGGGCUAUGCUGUUGGGGAAGAGACGAGGACGUGA